AUGGAAUGGUUUGGGUUGGAAGGUGAAAUGAGGAAUGAUUUAUAUAUCACUGUAGAAAGAGGAGAAUUUGAGAAAGGAGGUAAAAGUGUGGCCAGAAAUGUGGAAGUAACAAUGCAUGUCGUGGACAGCAGUGGUCAAAUUUUAAAGGAUUUUAUCUCAUUCGGCUCUGGGGAGCCACCAGCCAGCGAGUACCAUUCCUUUGUCCUUUAUCAUAACAAUGGUCCCAGAUGGGCUGAGCUGCUGAAACUUCCCAUUCCUGUGGAUAAAUUCAGAGGAGCACAUAUCCGCUGUGAAUUCCGGCACUGUUCCACAAAAGAAAAGGGUGAGAAGAAGUUGUUUGGCUUUUCUUUCGUGCCCCUGAUGCAAGAAAAUGGGAGGACUCUGCCAGAUGGCACCCAUGAACUCAUUGUACACAAGUGUGAAGAAAACACAAACCUUCAGGAUUCUGGUCGCUACCUCAAACUCCCCUUUUCAAAGGGAAUUUUUCUAGGAAACAACAGCCAAGCAGUAAAAACCACUAAAGAGUCCUUCUGGAUUACGUCCUUUCUCUGCUCCACUAAACUCACACAAAAUGGAGAUAUGCUUGACCUUCUGAAAUGGAGAACCCACCCAGACAAAAUUGCAGGUUGCCUCUCAAAAUUAAAAGAAAUUGAUGGUUCAGAAAUAGUGAAGUUUCUUCAAGAUACAUUAGACACUUUAUUUGGGAUUUUAGAUGAAAACUCUCAAAAAUAUGGAUCAAAAGUAUUUGAUUGUUUGGUUCACAUAAUAAAUUUGCUGCAGGACAGCAAGUUUCACCACUUCAAGCCAGUAAUGGACACUUACAUUGAAAGUCACUUUGCCGGAGCACUUGCAUACAGAGAUCUUAUAAAAGUACUAAAGUGGCAUAUUGAUCGAGUCACUGAAGUGGAGCUGCAUGGGCACAUACAGGAAGUACUAAAGGCACAGGAAUAUAUCUUUAAAUAUAUAGUUCAGUCUCGAAGGUUAUUCUCUAUUGCCACUGGUGGACAAAAUGAGGAGGAAUUUCGCUGCUGUAUUCAAGAACUUCUUAUGUCAGUACGCUUCUUCCUUUCCCAAGAGAGCAAAGGAGCUAGUGCUUUAUCCCAACUACAAGCUGUGUUUCUCAGUUCAUUCCCAUCGGUGUACUCUGAACUUUUGAAGCUCUUUGAUGUGAGAGAAGUGGCAAAUUUGGUUCACGAUGCUCUGGGCAGCUUGCCAACAGUCAUGCAUGGGGAUGAGUCCCUUCAAGCUGUUAAACUGCAGAGUAUUGGGAAAACCGUAGAGAGUCACCUGUACACCAACCCAGAUUCUCGAUAUAUUCUUCUUCCAGUAGUUUUACAUCAUCUCCACAUGCAUUUACAAGAGCAGAAGGACCUUAUAAUGUGUGCACGUAUCCUUAGCAACAUAUUUUGCCUCAUCAAGAAGAACAGCUCAGAAAAAUCUGUUCUGGAAGAAAUUGAUGUGAUUGUAAACAGCCUGCUAGAUAUUUUGUUAAGGACCAUACUAGAAAUCACCAGCCGACCACAGCCAUCAGGCUCUGCUAUGCGUCUCCAGUUUCAAGAUGUGACUGGGGAAUUUGUCUCCUGUUUGUUGUCACUCUUGCGGCAAAUGACUGAUAGACAUUAUCAACAGCUUCUUGAUAGCUUCAACACAAAGGAAGAUCUGAGGGAUUUCCUGCUGCAGAUUUUCACUGUAUUUCGGAUACUAAUACGACCAGAGAUGUUUCCGAAAGACUGGACAGUGAUGCGUUUGGUUGCAAACAAUGUGAUCAUUACUACAGUCUUGUACCUUUCGGAUGCCCUUCGUAAAAACUUCUUAAAUGAAAACUUUGAUUACAAGAUAUGGGAUUCCUACUUUUUUCUUGCUGUCAUUUUUAUAAACCAGUUAUGUCUGCAACUGGAGAUGUUCACACCUUCCAAGAAGAAAAAGGUUUUAGAAAAAUAUGGUGACAUGCGGGUAACAAUGGGAUGUGAAAUCUUCAGCAUGUGGCAAAAUUUAGGGGAACACAAGCUUCACUUUAUUCCAGCAUUGAUUGGCCCCUUCCUGGAAGUGACCUUGAUCCCUCAGCCAGACCUGAGGAAUGUAAUGAUUCCCAUUUUCCAUGACAUGAUGGACUGGGAGCAAAGGCGAAGUGGCAACUUUAAGCAGGUAGAAGCAAAACUGAUUGACAAACUGGACAGCCUGAUGUCGGAAGGUAAAGGUGACGAAACAUACCGAGAGCUCUUCAACAGUAUAAUUCCACUUUUUGGUCCUUAUCCUAGUCUACUGAAGAAAAUUGAGCGGGAAACAUGGAGAGAAAGUGGUGUUUCAUUAAUCGCCACUGUGACUCGCCUCAUGGAGAGGUUGCUGGACUACCGGGACUGCAUGAAAAUGGGAGAAGUGGAUGGCAAAAAGAUUGGCUGCACUGUUAGCCUUUUGAAUUUUUACAAGACUGAACUGAACAAGGAAGAGAUGUAUAUUCGCUAUAUUCAUAAGCUCUAUGACCUACAUCUGAAAGCACAAAACUUCACAGAGGCUGCCUACACGCUCCUGCUGUACGACGAGCUGUUGGAGUGGUCGGAUCGGCCACUGAGAGAAUUUCUCAACUACCCCAUGCAAACAGAGUGGCAACGUAAAGAGUGUCUCCAUCUGACCAUCAUUCAAAACUUUGAUAGGGGAAAGUGUUGGGAAAAUGGCAUUAUCUUAUGCAGGAAAAUUGCAGAACAGUAUGAGAGCUACUAUGACUACAGAAACCUCAGCAAGAUGAGGAUGAUGGAAGCAUCUUUGUAUGAUAAAAUUAUGGAUCAACAGCGUUUGGAGCCAGAAUUUUUCAGAGUUGGAUUCUAUGGGAAAAAGUUCCCAUUCUUCUUGAGAAAUAAGGAAUUUGUUUGCCGAGGACAUGACUAUGAAAGGCUGGAGGCCUUCCAGCAGCGAAUGUUGAAUGAGUUCCCACAUGCCAUUGCUAUGCAACAUGCUAAUCAGCCAGAUGAGACCAUCUUUCAGGCAGAAGCACAGUAUUUGCAGAUUUAUGCAGUGACACCAAUUCCAGAAAACCAGGAAGUCCUGCAGAGAGACGGCAUUCCCGAUAACAUCAAAAGCUUUUACAAAGUAAAUCACAUCUGGCGAUUCCGAUAUGACAGGCCAUUUCACAAAGGGACCAAGGACAAGGAAAAUGAAUUCAAGAGCCUAUGGGUGGAAAGAACCACAUUGAUCCUGGUGCAGAGUUUACCUGGAAUAUCUCGUUGGUUUGAAGUGGAAAAACGUGAAGUAGUGGAAAUGAGUCCCCUUGAGAAUGCCAUUGAAGUCUUAGAAAAUAAGAACCAGCAGCUGAGAACACUGAUUAGUCAGUGUCAAACUCGACAGAUGCAAAAUAUUAACCCUCUCACGAUGUGUCUAAAUGGGGUCAUUGAUGCAGCAGUUAAUGGUGGAGUUGCAAGAUACCAAGAGGCAUUCUUUGUCAAAGAAUACAUCUUGAACCAUCCAGAGGAUGGAGAGAAGAUCACACGCUUGAGAGAGCUGAUGCUCGAGCAGGCCCAGAUUCUAGAAUUUGGCUUGGCAGUGCAUGAGAAGGUGGUGCCGCAGGACAUGAGGCCAUUGCACAAAAAGCUGGUGGAUCAGUUCUUUGUGAUGAAGUCAAGCUUGGGAAUACAGGAAUUUUCUGCCUGCGUACAAGCUAGCCCCGUUCAUUUCCCAAAUGGAAGUCCUCGUGUAUGCCGAAACUCCAUACCUGUUUCUAUGAGCCCUGAUGGUGCCAGGGUAAUACCACGACGCAGUCCCUUGAGUUACCCAGCUGUCAAUCGGUAUUCAUCCUCAUCACUGUCAUCCCAAGCAUCUGCUGAAGUCAGCAAUAUCACUGGGCAAUCAGAAAGCUCCGAUGAAGUUUUUAACAUGCAGCCUAGUCCGUCUACCUCAAGCUUGAGUUCUACUCAUUCUGCUUCACCUAAUGUGACCAGUUCUGCUCCAUCCAGUGCCAGAGCCUCUCCUCUGUUGUCUGACAAACAUAAGCAUUCUCGAGACAAUUCUUGCCUGUCCCCCCGAGAGAGGCCCUGCAGUGCCAUCUACCCUACUGCUUCGGAAACCUCGCAGAGAAUGCUGUUUAAUCAUAUUGGAGACGGUGCUUUGCCCCGAAGUGAUUCCAAUCUGCCCGGCCCUGACAAAGCUGUAAAUGCCACCCCCAGCAGCUGGAGCCUGGACAGUGGGAAGGAAGCCAGAAACACAUCAGAAAGUGGAAAGCUUAUGUCUCCUCCUGUACCACCUAGACCUGCACAGACUGCAUCACCAGCAAGACACAUAGCUUCCGUUUCCCCGUCUCCUGCUGGCAGAUCCCCGAUGAAGGGGUCUGUGCAAUCAUUCACACCGUCUCCAGUGGAGUAUCAUUCCUCGGGGCUCGUAUCCAACUCCCCGGUGCUGUCGGGGAGUUACAGCAGCGGCAUCUCUUCGCUCAGCCGAUGUAGCACAUCAGAGACGUCGGGUUUUGAAAGCCAAGGCAGCGAACCGACAGUGACUGUCCCAAGCUACAGCGUUUCUGAGGAGCCUGUGAGAAAAGAAAGUAAAACCCCGCCGCCUUACAGCGUGUACGAGCGGACUUUGAAACGCCCCGUUCCUCUACCUCACAGCCUCUCCAUCCCGCCCGCCACGGACCCGCCGGCGCUGCCGCCCAAGCCACAGCUGGUCCGGCCAAACAAUCUGGAAAACAGCAGCAGGAGGACUGAGCAGGUUCCCCGGCCCAGGCCUCUGCCCCGCAAAGUCUCUCAGCUAUGAGAAGCCACUUUUAUAUUUAAUUGCGACCAGUUCUUUACCGUUUAAGAAAUAAUAUUUUUUAAAAAUGGUAAAACGCGUUUAGUUAGGCACUUUAAUAUUUUGCCCACUUUUUUCUUUUGAGUAAUUUUGAAAUGCUU